UUCAGUGAGGUGAUGAACCUGCGGCGGCGAUUCAAAACAAACGAACAAGAAGAGGAGAGAGAGCAGAGCUCUGGUGCUGAUGCGGCUGAGGAAGUGAAGACGUCGGCUCGGAUCAACCGUCACUCAGUGUUCUGGAUCGUGUCCGCCGCCGCCGUCACCUACUAUGUGGACUUCAUCUCUGUGCUGCUGAACCACGGCGACAUUCACAGUCUGAACAUCGCGCUGUGGCCCGUGUGGUCCUUCUUCACUCCGCUGAUUCUCUUCACUCAGUUUAUGGGUCUGGUGAUGCUGAUUUCACUGCUGGGCUGAAACACUCCUUCAGCAGCACAAACACACAUACACACACACACACACUCACACACACACCUGGACAGAAGCUUUAUUAUAUGUGUGUGUCAAUGGUGAACACACCUGUUCUGAGCAGCUGCAGCACAUCCGCGUGUCAGUGGACCGUGAGUGACCUCUGCUUGACCUCUGUCUGACCUCCCUGUGACCUCUGACCUCUGUGCACCGCUUCAGUCCAGUUCUGGGGAUUCGCUCUGGAGAUCAAUGAGAGAUGGAUGAAAACACACACUCUGACUCUCGGAUCAGCGCACACACACACACACACACACACACACACACACACACACACUGAAAGGUUCAAGGUUUCCUGCAGUGAAGCGUUCAUCAGAGUCUCAGUACACCUGUAGAUGAUGGUCUUUCAGUGUUUUCAGACCUUUAUGAGUUUCUCUGUGGAUCACUAAUGAAGAUAUUUUGAAGAAUGUUGGAAAGCUGUAGCCAUUGACUUCCACAGUAGGAGACUCAGAUGCUGUGGUCAGCCGCGGAGUGUGUUAUUGUUCUCCGUCGGUGUUGAACAGAAGCUCAUACAGGUCUGGAGCGAGUGAAGUCAGAGUAAUGCAGAGUUCUGAGAUCAGCUGUGCCUUUAAGCAUUGGUUAAGAGUACAGCGGCUGUUUUCUUUCAGGUCCUGUAGACCGUUGUGUCAGUCCGUGUUUAUAAGAGUCUUCUAGAAGUGCAGAUCCUCCUGGAUGCUGUCCGUCUCUGCAGGAUCUGCCUCAUUCCUCUCUGCUAGACUCUAAUGUGUGUAAAGUCACCUGUAAAUCACCAUCAGCCAAUCACAUUAAAGAGCUUGAGUAUGUGA